UGUNGCAAUGCAGUAGACCCUAAUGAUGCAAGCUUGUACCUUCUCCUAAAUGCAUUGGUUCCUCUCAUAAUCUCUGUUGUUACCUUCCUCCCAAUCCUUCAUCAGCCACCGGCUCAGCCGUCGUCUUCCGAUGCCACCCGCAAUGACUCCCACACUUUCAUCUGCUUAUACAUUACCGCAGUUAUCACAGGCCUAUAUCUAAUCACCUUCAAUUCCACGCCUUCCAGCAAGUACGGUGCCCAACUUUUGUUAGCUGGGGCUUUUGCCCUGUUACUAGUUCCUCUUUGUCUGCCUGGAAUUUGGAGCACUCACAAGUGGUUGUUUCGGAUUGCAUCCACUGGCUUGAGCAGUGUUCUUCACUUUAGAUUCAACCUUGUCAAUCAUGAGCUUCAGCAGGAGCUCAUCAAUCUUGAAACAGAAAGAAGUGGCACGAAUGUCAUCACCCCUUUUGAUUAUAAAGAGAAGGAAAGCAUUUCAAGGAAGAUGAUGGGGAAAGAGAAUUUGACAGUUCUUGAAGAAGAGCAUUCAGCUAAGAUGCUCGUACGACGCUUGGACUUUUGGCUCUAUUUUGUUGCAUACUUUUGUGGUGGGACAAUUGGGUUGGUUUACAGCAACAAUCUUGGGCAGAUCUCGCAGUCACUAGGAUACAGUUCCUUAACAAGCUCACUUGUAACACUCUACUCGUCUUGCUCCUUCUUUGGGCGGCUAAUCUCAGCAGGCCCAGAUUUCAUGCGUGAAAAGGUGCACUUCGCUAGAACGGGAUGGCUAGCCCUAGCUUUAGUGCCAACUCCAAUCGCCUUCAUUUUACUCGCUGCAUCAGGUAGCGAGAUCGCAUUACAAAUUGGCACUGGCUUGAUCGGUCUAAGCUCGGGAUUCAUGUUCUCAGCUUCGGUCUCAAUCACAUCAGAGUUAUUCGGACCAAACAGCUCAGGCGUCAAUCACAACAUCCUCAUCACCAACAUCCCUCUCGGCUCGUUCCUCUACGGCGUCCUGGCGGCAGUUUCAUACGACUCCACUGCCGGAAGUUCAGACCAAACUGCGGCGGCGCUUGGGGACGUGGUGGUGUGCAUCGGCCGAAAAUGCUAUCUACAAACCUUCAUAUGGUGGGCUUGCAUCUCCAUCGUCGGUCUCGCUUCUAGCUUCUUGCUUUUCCGACGGACGAAACCGGCAUACGACCGCCAGUACGAGAGUAACCCAAGCAAGACACAGCCAUUUUAGAUCAGAUACUGAACUUUACAAAAAACAAAAAAUAUAUACAUAUAUAUAUACAUAUAUAUUUAUAUAUUUGUAUAUUAUAAUAUAGAAUUGAAUUGGGAAUUUGAAGAACAGGAAUUGA